AUGACUACAUUGAUUAAUUACACUAACAAUAAUUUUUCAAAAGAAGAAUCUUCAUCUGGAUUGCCUUUAACUGUACAAUUCAUCUUUUUAUUCUUAUUUGCUAUUGUUGUACUAUUGGCCGUUUGUGGAAAUAGUAUUGUAAUAUGGAUUGUACUUGCACAUCGACGUAUGAGAACACCAACAAAUUAUUUUCUUGUUAAUCUUGCUUAUGCUGAUGUACUCAAUGCUAUAUUUAAUGUUCCAUUUAAUGGCUAUUAUAUGGUUACUGGAGUACGAUGGCCAUUUGGAAAUUUAAUGUGUCCUUUAGUACAAGCAGUAUCUCAUAUAUCAAUUGCAGCUAAUGUACUUACUUAUGUAGCGAUUAGUUUAGAUCGAUAUUUUGCAAUACUAUAUCCAUUACGUACGAAAUUAACACAUAAACAAACUAUUAUGAUAAUAUGUGGUAUAUGGAUAUUAUCUUUACUUGUAUCAUCACCGGCUAUUCGAUCAUUUAGUAAUAUUAAAACUGAUUGUAAAAUUGAAAAUUUAGAUGAACAUAAAAAGUAUGAAUGGAUUUUCUUUUCAGUAACAUAUAUAGGUCCAAUUGUUAUAUUAACAAUAACAUAUACAAGAAUAGCUAUUGAACUAUGGAGACAAACUGCUAUUGGAGAAGUUACAAAACGACAACGUGAUUCAAUUCAAUCGAAACGAAAAGUUGUCAAAAUGCUUAUUGCUGUUGUUUUAAUUUUUGGUAUAUGCUGGUUUCCUCAACAACUUUAUUUUAUUCUUGUUUCUAUAUAUAAAUCAAUUCCAGAAUGGCCUGGAACUCCUUAUGUUUAUCUUAUAUCGUAUUUUUUUGCUAUGAGUAAUUCAAUGUAUAAUCCAUUUCUUUACUGUUGUAUGAAUAAUAGAUUUCGUAAUGGUUUUCGUAGUGUAUUUCGUUUUUGUCCAUGUGUAUCAUCGUCAGUUGAAUAUUCUCUACAAGCUCAUGCAUCUUGUCGUAGUUUUUCGGAACCAGCAGCACUUAGUGUGGUAUAUUCAUCACAACGUAAAAGUAAAACAACAAAUUCAUCAAAUAUACCUCGAGCAACAAUGUCUGAAUUAUCGAUUAAUUUUAAUCGACAUCAUCGACAAAAUUUAUGA